GUCGUGUAGAGUAGUUUGUCUGCAAAGCCCAAGCUUUCAGUGCUUCUGAUUUAAAGUUAAAGAAAUUUUCGGUCGAAAUUCGUGCAACUGCGAGCUCUUUUACUAACAACAUUAAAAACAAAUAAUUAUAAUGGCGGAUUUAACUCCAGUACAAGAGUACUAUAAGGGUAAAACAGUGUUUAUCACUGGUGCUUCUGGAUUCAUGGGAAAAGUGCUUUUAGAGAAAUUGCUCUAUUCGUGCUCUGAAUUGAAGGAAGUGAUUAUAAUUGUGCGUCCCAAACGUGGAAAGACUCCAGAUAUCAGAUUAGAAGAAAUGUUCAAAUUGCCGAUUUUUCAACGCAUUAAAGAAGAAAAACCAGAUGUGCUUAAUAAAGUGACAAUUUAUCAGGGUGAUGUAACAUUUGACUCACUUGGAUUAAGUGGUGAUAAUUACAAGCAUGUUGUUGACAAUACAAAUAUUGUUUUCCAUAUGGCUGCCACACUGAAGUUGGAAGGCAAUUUAAAGGAUGCGAUUGAAAUGAAUUUGACUGGCACCAAACGUGCUUUGUGCAUCGCAAAGGAAAUGAAAAAUCUUGAGGCAUUCAUACAUUUGUCGACAGCAUUUUGUAAUUGCGAUCAGGAAGUGAUGUAUGAGAAGGUGUACGAAUAUCCACAUAAACCAGAGGACUUAAUGCGUUUAGCCGAAUGGAUGGAUGUGAAGUCUUUGGAUGCAAUCACACCAGAUUUAUUAAAACCACAUCCAAAUACUUACACAUACUCAAAACGUCUGGCAGAACUAUAUGUACGCGAUCACUAUGAAACAAUGCCUGUGAUCAUAGCCCGUCCAAGUAUUGUAACACCCUCAGUUGCAGAACCUUUACCAGGUUGGGUUGAUAACCUAAAUGGACCAACUGGAGUGCUAGUAGGAGCUGGUAAAGGCGUAAUUCGUUCAAUGCUUGUUAAUGGUGAUUUAACUUCAGAAAUAGUACCCGUGGACAUAGCAAUUAAUGGAGUAAUUCUGUUGCCAUAUACAUACUGUAAUAUGGAAAAAAAACCUGAAAACAUACCAGUAUACAAUUUAUUGAUUAGUCCUGAAAAAAAACGUACAUGGAAUUGGAUUUUAAAUGAAGGCAGACGAAUAUUUAUGGAAUAUCCUUUUGAAGCUGGCUUAUGGUAUCCUGAUGGUGCUAUGACAAUGAAUAGAGUUUAUCAUAACAUAUGUUUAAUGCUCUUUAUGUGGUUACCGGCUUAUUUAAUAGAUUUUCUAAUGUUUAUAUUUAGACAAAGACGUUUCAUGGUACGUGUACAGACAAAAAUUAGUAUAGGUUUGGAGGUUUUGCAGUUCUUUACAUUGCGUCAAUGGGAUUUUAAAGCUACCAAUUUUUACAAUAUCAAUAGAGACUUGUCUCCAAGAGAUAAAAAAAUAUUUAAAAUUGACACGAGUGAUGUAAAUGACCAGAUUUAUUUACGUGAAAGUAUUAUAGGCUCGCGGCUUUUUGUUAUGAAGGAGCCUCUUAGUUCACUUCCAAAAUCAAGAACUCAAUUAAAAUGCUUGUACGUCUUGGACCGCUUUUGUAAAGCUGCCAUUUUGUUUGGUUUAAUAUAUUAUAUACUACUCAAGUUUGAAAUAUUAAGUUAAUUUAAAUAAUUAUCUCAUAUAAAUUUGAGCAUACAAAUUUAAUGGUAGUGAGCAAUAAGAUACGGUGAAGAAAAGACGUCUUAUUUUUAUGUAUUAUUUGGGCUGCAUCAAGUUAAAAUUAAUAAUAAAAACUGA